AUGACCUCCGAGUCAUUAUAUAAAGAAUUGUUUGAAGGAGAACUUUCCGAUGUGGAGGAAGAUUGUCCUGGAUGUCAAGAACUUGAAUAUACAGAUUCCUCCAAUUUAUUUCGCGACAUAUUCAAUGGGAAGAUAAUUUUACACGAUAUUUCAGACUUAUCCAAAGAUCUUGAUGAAAAACUUUUGGACACAUUUGUUAAAUUAUUGAUUUUUCAUCGUAUGCAUCAAACCUUGGCAGAAUUAAUUAUUAUUAGAAAUUUACAAGUUGAUGAAUCAAUACUUCACAACAAUGUGAAAAGCAUGAUCAAAAAUAAGAAAGAUGUUAAUGAAAAUAAAAAUAUUCAUGAUAUUUUUAAUGAAGAAGUGGAACAAUUAUUUGGAAAAUCUUAUCAAUUGAAUCAACCAAAGGAGACAAAGAACUUUUGCAUUGAUAAGAUUAAUUAUAAAAAAUGGAUGAUUCUUUCUUGUAUUAUUGCUA